GGACCUUUCCCCAACCUUUUUUUUGUUUUGGCAGUAUUGUUCAUGACAAUCACUAAUAACAACAAUAACAUAGAUUUUAACUAAAUAUUGCUGUGGAGUCUGUCUUUGUUUUGGAUCAUUAUGGCCACUUGUAUGGAAAGUUCGGUUGAUUGUUACUCUCUUUUGUGUCAUCAUCAUGCUUGAGACUUGAGUGAGAGGCAGCAUCAUCACAAGUUCUGAAAAGGACAAAACAGUUUACUUGGGAAACCAAAACUUGGUGAAUGCAAAAACUAAUUUUGUAAGCAUAAGACCAAAGCCCACUUCUUGCUUGUAUUUGAGUUACUCUUGUUUUGUGUGUGAGAGAGAGAAAAAACCAUGUAUGCUUGUUUGUGUCUACUGUUCCUGUUCUUCACUAUUUUUGCAGAAGCAACUUAUCCUCCAGGAGGUUUCCACCAUCUUUCUACUCUAAGACAAAACAAGAAGUCCUCCAAGUCAAAAUCAGAGUUGCCUUUUGAGACUCGUUACUUCCCUCAGAAUCUUGACCACUUCAGUUUCAGACCAGAGAGCUACAAAGUCUUCCACCAGAAGUACCUCAUCAACCGUCGUUUCUGGCGCAAAGGUGGCCCCAUCUUUGUCUACACCGGAAAUGAAGGAGACAUCGACUGGUUUGCUUCCAACACCGGUUUCAUGUCUGAUAUUGCACCCAAGUUCCGGGCUCUUCUUGUCUUCAUUGAACACCGGUUCUAUGGAGAGUCAACACCAUUUGGUAAGAAGUCACAUAAGUCAGCUGAGACAUUAGGUUACUUGAACUCUCAGCAGGCGUUGGCUGAUUAUGCAAUCCUGAUAAGAAGUUUGAAGCAGAAUCUAUCAUCCGAGGCAUCACCUGUUGUUGUCUUUGGUGGCUCUUAUGGUGGAAUGCUUGCAGCGUGGUUCAGGCUCAAGUAUCCCCACAUAGCAAUCGGAGCAUUAGCAUCCUCUGCUCCAAUUCUGCAUUUCGAUAACAUCGUGCCAUUGACCAGCUUCUAUGAUGCCAUUUCUCAGGAUUUCAAGGAUGCUAGUAUUAAUUGUUUCAAAGUCAUCAAAAGAAGCUGGGAAGAGCUAGAUGCAGUUUCCAACAUGAAACAUGGCUUGCCAGAACUCAGCAAAAAGUUCAGAACUUGCAAAGGCCUUCAUUCAAUAUAUUCAGCAAGAGAUUGGUUGAUGGGAGCGUUUGUAUAUACAGCCAUGGUUAAUUAUGCGACCGCAGCUAAUUUCAUGGCGCCACUGCCUGGUUAUCCAGUUGAGCAGAUGUGUAAGAUAAUAGAUGGGUUCCCUCGAGGAUCAAGUAAUCUUGACCGUGCUUUCGCUGCUGCAAGCUUAUACUACAACUACUCGGGUUCAGAAAAAUGCUUUGAGCUUGAACAACCAACUGAUGAUCAUGGUCUUGACGGGUGGGGUUAUCAGGCGUGUACGGAGAUGGUGAUGCCAAUGAGCUUCUCGAACCAGAGCAUGUUCCCACCGUACGAAAAUGACUAUGAGGCAUUUGAAGAACAAUGCAUGAGUAAAUACGGAGUCAAGCCUCGGCCACAUUGGAUCACCACAGAGUUUGGUGGGAAGAGAAUAGAGUCAGUGUUGAAGAGAUUUGGAAGCAACAUCAUAUUCUCGAAUGGAAUGCAGGAUCCCUGGAGUCGUGGAGGGGUACUGAAGAACAUUUCGAGCAGCAUUAUUGCGCUUGUGACCAAGAAAGGUGCUCACCAUGCGGAUCUCAGGGCAUCUACGAAAGGAGACCCGGAGUGGCUGAAAGAGCAGAGGAGGCAAGAGGUGGCCAUUAUAGAGAAAUGGAUCAGUGAGUAUUACAGAGAUUUGAAAGAAUAAAGAGCAAGUUUGAGAAAACCAAUAGAAAGCCAAAGGUUCAUUACACCAGUUUAACAAAUAAAAACUGUGUGUUUGUCAUGUAGUUUAAAAUUCAGUUUCAGUGUAAUAAAUCAAAACUUGAUGUUUAUCAAACUAAACAAAUGUAAAGUUUUCAGUGAAAGA